CCCUCUACGCCAACCGCAGCCAACUUCACUCACGUCGCUGUCACGAAUUGCAAUUUUUAUAAAAAGAAAAAAAUUGUCAGAAAAAAGGCGUUUUAGUGUCAGUGUCGUCGAGCUAACUAUAUUUUAUACCUGCAAACAUAUUACAACUACAUCAAAAAACAGAAGAAUCGGCCACAAGAUGACGUCUUUGGAGCAAAAUCGUUUGCAAAACUUCAAAAACAAAGGAAAGGACCAAGAUGAGAUGCGUCGUCGCCGAAAUGAGGUUACUGUAGAGCUGCGAAAGAACAAGCGCGAGGAGACCAUUCUCAAGCGACGGAAUGUGCCCAACUUGGAUUCGAACACAGAUGAGGACGAGCAAUUGCCCACUUCCAUUAAUUUGAAGAAGCUCGCCCAGGCUGCCGCAGAUUCCUCUAAGCCGGACCAGCAGCUUGCCGCCGUCCAAGCCGCACGCAAGUUGCUCUCGUCCGACAAAAAUCCACCUAUCAACGAUCUGAUUCAGAGUGACAUUCUGCCCAUUUUGGUGGAAUGCCUGAAACAACAUAAUCAGACAAUGCUGCAAUUCGAGGCCGCCUGGGCUCUGACCAACAUUGCUUCUGGUACUCCAGAUCAGACCAACCAGGUCGUUGCUGCUGGUGCCGUGCCGCUCUUCCUUCAACUUCUCAACUCGCCCGCUCCAAAUGUUUGCGAACAAGCCGUAUGGGCGCUAGGUAACAUCAUCGGCGAUGGUCCGUUGUUGCGAGAUUUUGUCAUCAAGCACGGCGUAGUUCAGCCACUGCUGUCGUUCAUCAAGCCGGACAUCCCCAUUUCGUUCUUGCGCAACGUAACCUGGGUGAUUGUUAAUCUGUGCCGCAACAAAGACCCUCCCCCUCCGGCCGCCACCAUUCACGAGAUCCUGCCCGCACUCAAUGUGCUUAUCCAUCACACCGACACAAACAUCCUGGUGGACACAGUAUGGGCGAUCAGCUAUCUAACUGAUGGCGGCAAUGAGCAGAUUCAAAUGGUUAUUGAGAGCGGAGUGGUACCCAAGCUGAUACCACUACUUGGAAACAGCGAAGUCAAAGUGCAGACUGCUGCGCUGCGUGCCGUUGGCAAUAUUGUAACCGGAUCCGAUGAACAGACGCAGGUGGUGCUUAACUAUGAUGCGCUCUCCUACUUCCCGGCCUUGCUCUCGCACCCGAAGGAAAAGAUCCGCAAGGAAGCGGUCUGGUUCCUGUCUAACAUCACCGCCGGAAACCAGUCACAGGUACAGGCCGUCAUCAACGUUGGUCUUCUGCCCAAGAUCAUCGAGAACCUGAGCAAGGGCGAGUUCCAGACACAGAAGGAGGCCGCUUGGGCAAUUAGUAACCUUACCAUCAGUGGCAACCGCGAACAGGUCUUCACCCUGAUCAAAGAGGGCGUCAUUCCGCCUUUCUGUGAUCUCCUUUCGUGCCAGGAUCCGCAAGUUAUCAACGUUGUGCUUGAUGGUCUUAACAAUAUGCUCAAAAUGGCUGACUCUCAUGUUGAGACGGUGGCCAACUUCAUCGAAGAGUGCGAGGGUCUGGCCAAGAUCGAGAGGCUCCAAAGCCACGAAAAUGUUGAAAUUUACAAACUAGCCUAUGAAAUCAUCGAUCAAUACUUCACAGAUGAAGGCGAACAGGCUAGCAUGGCGCCCAGCUCUGACGGAACACAAUACAACUUUGAUCCAAACGCCGAUAAACUACCAAUGAACUCAUUCAACUUUUAACGAUACAAACUUUAAAGCCAAGCAGCGACAGAAACAGUACAGUGGAAACCAAACACGUGCAACAAUAUACAUUUUGGCACUUUUAAACCGUACACACAAUUUGUGUAUGAACCCCGACACGCCGGAACUCAAUUCACAUAAUAUUAUAAUUUGUACACCCCAAAACAGCAGCAAUUAGACAGCCAAGAUUUUUUCAAGAGCAAGGAUAAAAACUGGAUGAUUCACCACGGGACAACACUGCUGGAGACGUUUUAGCUUAUCUCAAUACUGUGUUAUCAAAAUUAUUAAUUUCAACGACGCAUACACGCACGUGUAUGGAUGUAUGCAGUGCAAGAAGUAAUUUUAUUGGACUGACUCUGUCAAGAAUUCAUCCAAAAUAUAUUACAACAUACACACACAGGAACGAUAAGAUUCAAAAACAAUGUAGAACUAUUUGAUUUAUAUGGAUUAAUUUAAAAAUAUGUACGCCUUUUGAUUUGAAAUUACAUAUGUAUACAUUUCUAACAUGAAAGCGAUGAAAACCAAA